GUAAUUAUACAUACACAUUUAUUAGAUCGAUUACCUGGAGUCGAUGAAAAUUCUUAAAAAGACGGAAUAACUUUAACUGUGACAGGACCUGAAAAUAUAAAAGUUCUUUAAAAAUUAACAUUAUAUGGAAAAAGCAAAUUUUCGUUUUCAGCACAAAAAGGUGGAAAUUAUAAAUUCUGUGCAAAAACAACUACUAGUCAUUGGGUAAAAGAAAACAAAUUUAUUAGAUACGGUAUUAAAUUAAUUGUUGGCGAAUAAGAAUAACAAGAACUUAAAAAUGCAGCAAAAGAAGAACAUAUCAAUAAGCUAUAAUAAAAAGUAUCAUUAGUUUAAGUUAGAUCUAAAGAAUUUUUAGAUUAUUAAGCCUUAAAUAGUAGAUUAGAAGACGAUUUAACUACACAAAAUGUUGUUGUUAACGAUAGAGUUGUUUUAUUUACUAUUAUUGAAACUAUUAUUAUUUUAGGAAGUGGAAUAUUUUAGAUUAUAUCCUUAAAAAGUUUUUUUUAAAAAAAGAAAUUUUAUUGA